GGAGAGAGAGAGACAUCUUCAACCUUCAAAUUUGAAAGUUUUGCCAAUCUCGAUGGUGGCUUCUCGUUUGUCUUAUCACUGAGUGCCGAUGAUGAACGAGGAUCUUGCGAGAGGAAAAGACAUGACUGGAGCUGAUGAUGAAGCAAAGACUCUAGCUAGCACUGUGGCUCGUCAGAUUCUUCUACUCGUCUCUCAUUCUUCUGACUCCACUGUUGACGCUGAUGCUUGCAAAGAAGCCGCUCUAACAUAUCUUGAAUCGAUUAAGACAGGUAGUGUUGGGGUUCUGUCUCAAGUUUCGUUUCUUCUUGUAACAAAGGAUUGGCCUUUACAAGUUCGCAUCUACGCCUCUAAGUUGCUACAGCAUUUGGUUAAACUGCGGUGGGAUGAAUUGAGCUCCUCUGAGCAGAUGGAUAUUAGUAGUGCCUCCUUUGAACUUAUGUCUGAGGUAGCUGCUGCUAAUCCAUGUGAAGAAUGUGGGAUGAAAAGUGAAACAGUCACUCUUGUUGCUGAGAUGUUUGAAAAGGAGGAAGAUCUUGAGAUGUGGCAGGAGUUGUUUCUCUCACUAGUUUCCCUCUCCUCUAGUGGCCCUUUACAUGCACAAUUGGCUUUGAAAGUGGUGAAGAGGCUUUCUGAACUGGAAGACAAGAAGCAUAGCCAUCAUCUGUUGCAGGGACUUCCUGAUAUCUUGGUUUGGUUGCAUGAUCUUCUUGAGAAACACUUUGGGGAUGCAAGGAAUGCAGAAGGGAGGGACAAAGUUGAGCUGGCUAAACAGCAUUCAGAUGCAGUUGUUGCGUGUUUGAAUGCCAUCAACUCACUCACAGAAUGGGCUCCAGUUCCAGAUUUUUCUGAAUACAAAAUCAUUGACCAGUGUGCAUCUUUACUUUCUUCUCCUGAGUUCUGUCGUCUUGCUUGUAUGUUCUUCACACUUAUCUGCUCAAGAGAAAGACCCACUGAUGAUGCUUCUGGUGCUGAGUUUGAUUCUACAAUCAUCCAUAUCUGUAAAAUGAUGGUCUCUCUAGGCUCCACAAACUUACAUUGCAUCUUCACAGAUAGCAGUGCCAUAGCUCUUUAUCUGAAACAGAUGCUCUGGUUUUUUGAACACUAUAAGUUCGAUCUUCACUAUGAGUCACUGUUCUUCUGGCUGGGGUUGAUGGAUUAUUUAACCUCAGACCUCAAGGCUCCUAAUUACCCACAUAGAAAGGGAUCGGCAAGCGAGGUUUUCACGGGAUCAGCAAGCGAGGUUUUCAAUAGUUUUAGACACCUAGAUGGCGGAAAAAAGGAUCUUUUACUCCUUAUAGACGAUGAAACCGCCAGCAAGAUUCUGGAUGUUUCAUUCCAACGCAUGAAUAAGAACGAUCAAGUCCUCCUUGAUCCUGGAACAAACCUCCUUUCCCUUGAGCCAUCAAGUUUUACAUUUGAAGAGUUUUGCAAGUACCAGAAGAGGCUCUUUGUGUUGAUCAGACUCAUCUCUUCUCACAAGCCAAUCAUUGCUAGCACAAAACUAUCUUCAAGAACCAUCAUGCUUAUUAAGAAUAUAUCGGUUUCUUCAGCGCCUUGUGUCCAGCAGUAUGCAGCUGCUAUGAAGAGCCAGAGUACUGCUCUGGAGGGUAUUCUGCGUAGGCUUUUCCGUGGAACCGAUGAGUUCGCUGGUGGUAGUUCCCAAGUUCAUUCUCAACUCCACGUGAUAUUUGAGGGCUUGCUUCAGGAGCUCCUUAAUGCAAACUGGACUGAACCAGUACUUAUUUCAGCGCACGUUGACUAUCUAAACGCAAUGUUUCCUUUCCUCAAGUACUUGCCAGAUACGGUUGCAAGUGUUAUCGACAAGAUGUUUGCACUUCUUACCUCUCUUCCACCAGCAUCUAAACGUGCAAGAUUGUACAUCUGCUCAUCUUUGAUACGCCUAGCCAAAACUGCUGACAAAAGCUUUACUCCUCACUUGAAGGGUCUAGCUGAUAAGAUGACAUGUUUGCAAAGAGAAGGAACUUUGUUCCCUGGUGAGCAUAGCAGUCUUGUGGAAGCAUUUUUUGCUAUGACUUCUGCGUCAGGAGGUCAAAGGGAGCAGCAAGACAGUUUUCUUUUGUUACUAGAACCAGUGCGCCAGCAAUGGACUCAACCAGAGUGGCAAAACGAAUAUCUAUCUACUCCCUCUGGUUUCAUUCAGUUAUGCUCCAACGCACCCUUGAUGCGGUCUAUUGUCGACACAGUCGCCGUCUUUGAGAAGGCUCUCAAGGGAUGCAACUUCAAGAAAAGGAAGCUGAACAUGUCCGAGACGAUUCAUCCUCUGGCUUCUCACCUUUCUUGGAUGCUACCACCUCUCCUGAAGCUCUUUCGUGUUAUCAACUCUCUGUCUUCUCCUGAUGCUUAUCAAACCUUACCCACAAAACUCAAAGAAGCAAUGAAGAUAACGGAAGCCGAGUUACGUAUCCCCCAAGGAAAGCAAAGCCGUAAACUAACUAAAGGCUUCCUUACUUAUUCUAGUAAAGGAAACACAUAUGAUAUUCGAAAUUGGCUGAAAGCUAUUCGUGAAAGCGGAUACCGUGUGCUGAAUCUCUCUGUAAGCAUGGGAGAGACGUUCUACACAUCCAUCAAUGCUAAUGAAGUUGCGGUGGCGUUCACUGAGAAUAUAUGGUGGAUGGAGUUCAGACAUAUAAAGCAGCUUAUCAACUCCUUCGUAGGAUGUCUUGUCUCAUCAUGUCCUGCAGAUAUGUGGGAGCCAUUGCUUGAACCGCUUCUGAGUCCUUUGCUGACACACUGUCAGCGAGCUCUUGACUCCUCGUGGACUAGUCUUCUGCGGGAAGGCAGGGCCAAUGUUCCGGAUUUGAUCGGUUUUGAAGGUGGUGAGACGAAGCUCAUACAACUGGAAAGACAGCUGCUCAUAGAUUUAUCUCGGUCCACUUCGGAUUUGCUCUCAAAGAUCUCUGCUCCUGAGUUAAACACAGGGCUUCCUGUUCUGAAGCACUCAGACCAACUUGUUCUUGGUGAUGUGUCUCUUCUCAAGGAUUUUAAUGCACUCAAAUCCAACUGUUUGGUGAGCUUACUCUUGAGUUGCAAAAACUUGGCAAACUCAGUAAUGCAGUUUUCAUUACAAGCAUGCACAUGGACAGAUGGCAUUACAACCUUCAACCUCCGUUGUUUAUUCAUUAGCGUUAUUCAUCUAGCCGUAAUGACAAACAACGGAGAGCUCAGAGAAUUUGUGGCAAAAGAUUUGUUUAAUGCGAUCAUCAUGAGCUUGACCAUCGAUGAAAAUGUGAAUAACAAUUCCAUUUUAGUGGGUAUGUGCAGUGACAUAUUCGUUUACCUUUCCCAGAGGCACCCAGCUCCACGACAGGUGUUGCUGUCACUCCCCUGUCUCACUCCCGAUGAUCUGCGUGAUUACGAAAAGGCUUUGGCAGAAACUUGUGAACCCAAAAACAGAAGAUGAUUACAGGAAGCAUGUUGUCAUUAGCUCUUGGAAUUAGCUUAGAAAUAAAAUAAUCAAAACCUAUCCGGUUAUAGUUAACCGGAGAAUACCAAUCCUAAACCGUAUCGAGUUACAAGUUAUUUAGUUAUAUAUUGUUUGAUAACCAAACUAAUUGCAUUUGUAUUUUUCGUUUUGAAAAUAUGAUUGUGUCCAUAGCUUAAA